AUGGAAGAAUAUAGGAGAUGCUUGGAGAGGCAAGAGCAAGAAAGAAAUGAGAGAAACCGUAGAGCCGAUGAAAUCAAUGAGUUGCAAAGACAAGUUGAUGAACAAGUUCUCAUAGCAGUGACUUUGCAAGAUGAAGAGAACCAAGGUCGCCGUCGGGGUUCACAAGUCGGUCGUCGCCGGAAUGUGGACAGACAUAGGCAUUCUCGGGGUAAGAAUCUUUUGAAAUAUUAUUUUAUCCCAACUGCUUUGAACUCUGAUGUUGAUUUUCGAAGGGUUUUGGGGCUUCUUCCGGAGCAAAAGCUUACAGCUGUUAUACGAAUGUGGGUUUGGCGUGCGUUCUUCGGAGUUGCCGGAUCCCAAAAUGACCUUAACGUGCUAGGUCAAUCUCCGGUCUUCAACGAUGUUUUGAGAGGCCAAGGCCCAAAUAUCACCUAUCAAGUUAACAAUACAGUCUACCAAAUGGGGUAUUAUCUAGCUGACGGCAUCUACCCAAGGUGGACCACAUUUGUCAAAUCCAUUCCGAAUCCCCGAUCCCAUAAGAAAAAAUUAUUUGCUACCUAUCAAGAAGGAUACAGGAAAGAUGUCGAAAGGUGUUUUGGCAUCCUUCAAGCUCGGUGGUUGAUUAUUCGAGAGGUCUACGAACCGGAUCUAAUGAACACAGCCUUGACCCGGAUUUAUGAAAGGUCGAUGGGGCCAAGUGGAGAACCGUUUGAGCCGGAACCGUUGGUGAGGGACGGUCGUUUCAUGACCCGGAUGAUAGAUCGAUAUACAGAGAUGCAAUCUUUGUAUAUUCAUGAAAGGCGUCAACUUGACUUGAUGGAGCAUCUAUGGGCAGUGAAAGGCAAUGAAGAUGAAUGA